AUGACUUCUGGUCUCGCCUUACUUGCACUCUUUCUAAAGGUGCUCCUUUUCGUCGUCGUCCUCCUCUUCUUUUCCACAACGCAGUUCGUUACAGCGGUCCCGAGAGUGCGCUUACGGCACGGAGAACGGGUCGAUGUUCUCGCGAAACAAACGAUGGAUUUGAAAUACGUGCUCGUGGAUGAAGAAUACGAGAGGUUUUUGAACGAAACAAUGCAAAGAGACGGAAACGAGAGCGACACAGAAACGAGAAACGCGUUAUUGCGGAGGAACGCUUCGCGAACGAAAAGAGCAUCUUCUUCGAAUGCUGCUGCUUUUGGUGCGCCGCGAUGGAGAAGAAAGAUAAGUCGUAAAAUUGGUGAUGAAACUGGUAAUGAUGAUGAUGAUGAUAUUGAUGACACGCGUUUGUUCUUAGUGACGCUCGUGGGAGAAGCUUUGUCCACCCCCCGCGCGUGGCGGGAUUUGGAUAUCGCUUUGAACAAAGCUAAAGGUGGUUUGUUGGGACCGAUACCGGAACAAACAUUUCUAGCGUUUGGACCGCCUUUGGCGGCUGCAGUUGCGGAACGUUUUGGUGGAACGAGUGCGAUGCAAUAUUCAGUCGUAAACGAAUGGCCGAAAGAAACUGCGUCCUCUUUUGCGUUUGAGAGCGUUUGCGCAAAAACUAUGUGCGAAUGGUUCGAGACGAUGGUUGCGCCGGCACCGUUUUUCGGUGCAAGAGGUACAAUUGCGCGAGAGGAAAACUUUUUGUUCGCUCAGUCAGUGGCAGAGGAAUUGAGCGAUAUCAUGAGCUCGCGGAACGCGUCGACUUCGUAUUGUCGAGCGUCAGAUACGAACGGCGUAAAAGUCCAGUGUACUUUUGCCAGAGACGUAGGAGGAGGAGAACGCGAGAGGAUUUUCUCAAAUAUAAUGAAACACAACGCGGUGGUGUACAUGCAUGAAACGCUUCCAAUCGUCACGCACAAUUAUAACACGCAAUCUUUAGUACAGGGAGGUCAAGGACUCACGAGCUAUAAUCGAUGUCCUAUGUGGAAACUCGGUUUGACAGGUACUAAUCAAGUCGUCGCAUUGACCGAUACGGGCAUAGACAAGUAUAAUUGCUACUUUAGCGACGUGAAAACGCCAAACGCCAACGCAACGACGUUUUCAAAAAUUCUCGACUUGCGCUCACUGAGCGAUAGUCAAAAUAUGGUGGAUGGUAGUGGCCACGGCACGAAAGUCGCUGGAGUGUUUUUCGGGUCGUCUGGCUCAUUCUAUUGGGACAAACAGUACGACGGUGUGGCUAAAAAUGCGCGCGUCGCAUUUACAGAUAUUGGAUACGAGGACACCGACGGAUCAGAAGUCUUGGUAAGUUUAUCCAACGUUUCGAGGUCACUUUUGUAUGGGUACCCAAGCGAUACUUUCUCUGCUCGCGUGCAUUCUCAUAGUUGGGGUAUAACAAAUUCAUAUUCGUACGAAUCAAGUGAAUAUGAAGUCGACCUGUUUUUGAAUGAAAAUCAAGAGAAUGUUGUCGUCUUCUCCGCGGGAAACAAGGGAAACCCAGGCUCCGUGGGGGGGAAAGCGCGCAAUAGUAUAACGAGACCAGCAAACGCAAAGAAUGUCAUUUCUGUCGGUGGGACCAGAAGUGUAAAAUCACCGAGUCUCUCGCCGUCGCCAUAUGCGGUCAAAAUAGAAUUAGGGGAUGGUUACGCGCACUGGGCGCACGCAAACGUGCGUGGUAUGGCGAGCGUUAAUAAGACGUAUGUGUCAACUGAUUUGUAUCGUAUAGUCACAGUGGGGAGUCCAGAGAACGGGUGCGCGGCUUUGCCAAGCGCGAUUGAUUCGAAUCAAAUUGUUCUUCUCAAGUCAGACGGAGUUUCUUGUUCGCACGCGGAACGAUUAAAAAACGCAGAGACUGCCGGAUACUAUGGUGCGCUCGUCUAUGCAAACGAAACAAAAGCGCGAUUGGCAUCAAUGGUAGAUGAUCAGACGUCAUCAUCUUUCUUGUCUGCGUUCAUUCCCAUGAAAGAUGGUCUUCUUUUACGCGCGCUCGUUGAGAAAGGUGAUUUGAAUGCCAAUGACGUGUUUCCUGCGUUGACAAUUAAAGUUACCACAAUAGAAGCUUCCAGUGACAAUCAAUACGAGCACGCGGCGGAUUUCUCGAGUGCGGGGCCUACAGAUGAUGGACGAAUCGCGCCUUUACUCGUAGCACCUGCCCAAAAUAUUGAAUCAGUAGAUGUGAACACCACAAAUACGGCAUCCGUCGUGCAUUGCAAGGUGGCGACGUUCAUGGCGGGAACAUCGUACGCGGCGCCGGCGGUUUCCGGCGCACUCGCAAUCACUAGACAAUAUUUUGCCGAUGGAUAUUACCCUUCUGGAGAGAAGAUAUCGGAAAAGGCGUUGACUAAUGUCAGCGGCAUGUUGUUAAAGGCAGUCUUGAUCAAUGGGGCUAGACAAUUAGAAGGUUUUGAUUCCUUGGAUAGAACUCCGUUGGAAUCGGCACCUUCGAUGAAAGCCGGUUUUGGGCGCGUAGACUUGGCAAACUCUUUGAAGCUAAAAGAUAUCGACUCGAACGUGCAAUCUCCGACAAAUAUCUACGUGAUGGAUGACUCUGGUUUGAUUUUCACCGAAGUAACGGCAUCCUAUGGCGCUUGCAUGUUACUGUCAGACGAUACCACGGAAACGCUAUCGAUGACGCUGACUUGGUACGACGAACCAUCACUUUCUGGUUCGGAUGGAUCACUCAUCAACGAUCUCGAUAUCACGCUAUACUAUUCGAGAGACAUGUCGGGCACUUUUGAGACUAUUGCACCGUUAUAUCGCGAUUCACUAAAUACGGUGGAAAAGAUUGUGUGGUCGUAUCCAAAAAGGGGGCUAUACUAUGCGAAAAUCAGCGCAUCGUCGCUCGUUAGUGACCAAAGCUUCGCGUUUGUAGCCACUGGCAGCUUCGUCACGGCUGAAGCAGUGCGCGAUAUAUCCUCGUGCACGCCUCCUCCUCCUCCUCCUUCUCCUCCUCCUUGCCCCCCUCCUUCUCCUCCUCCUUCUCCUCCUCCUAGUCCACCGUUGCCGCCGCCCUCGCCGCCUCCUUCCCCUCCGCCAUUGCUUCCGGCUCCGCCUCCACUACCACCCCAAACGUCAGUGGAAGCGCUUGUGCCUCCGCCUGCGCCUCCGCCAGUACCGCCUGAGUCUCCGGGAAGAGAGCAGUUCAUGCCUACCGCAUCUGGUGCGCAGUCAAAAUUUAAAAGUCAAUUUGGUGUAUUUAUAUUUUUAGUUCUAGCUUUAGCUUAG